AUGGCAGAAAAGGUCCCCCCUGGCUUAAACAGGAAGACUUCAAGGUCGACACUCUCCCUUCCACCAGAACCUGUGGACAUCAUUAGGAGCAAGACGUGCUCGCGGAGGGUUAAAAUCAACGUGGGGGGCCUCAACCACGAAGUCCUGUGGAGAACGUUGGACCGGCUGCCCCGGACACGCUUGGGGAAGCUCCGGGACUGCAACACACACGAGAGCCUCCUGGAGGUGUGUGACGACUACAACCUCAGCGACAACGAGUAUUUCUUCGACCGGCACCCGGGGGCCUUCACUUCCAUUUUAAAUUUCUACCGGACGGGGAAACUCCAUAUGAUGGAAGAAAUGUGCGCUCUCUCUUUUGGGCAAGAGCUUGAUUACUGGGGGAUUGACGAGAUCUACCUGGAGUCCUGCUGCCAAGCCAGGUAUCAUCAGAAGAAGGAGCAGAUGAACGAAGAACUGAGGCGGGAGGCCGAGACGAUGCGUGAGCGGGAGGGAGAAGAGUUCGAUAACACCUGCUGCCCGGAGAAACGGAAGAAGCUCUGGGACUUGCUGGAGAAACCUAACUCGUCGGUGGCUGCAAAGAUCUUGGCCAUCGUGUCUAUCCUGUUCAUCGUGCUCUCCACCAUCGCUCUGUCUCUCAACACUCUACCGGAGCUGCAGGCAGUGGAUGAAUUUGGACAACCCAACGACAACCCCCAGUUAGCACAUGUGGAGGCUGUGUGUAUUGCUUGGUUUACCAUGGAGUACCUUUUACGCUUCCUGUCCUCACCAAAUAAGUGGAAGUUCUUUAAAGGCCCACUAAAUGUCAUCGAUUUGCUGGCCAUCUUGCCAUAUUAUGUCACCAUCUUCCUCACGGAGUCCAACAAGAGCGUGCUGCAGUUCCAGAACGUGAGGCGCGUGGUUCAGAUCUUCCGCAUCAUGCGCAUCCUCAGGAUCCUGAAGCUCGCCAGACAUUCCACAGGCCUGCAGUCCCUGGGGUUCACCCUCAGACGGAGUUACAACGAAUUGGGCUUACUGAUCUUAUUUCUGGCCAUGGGGAUAAUGAUAUUUUCCAGCCUGGUAUUUUUUGCUGAGAAGGAUGAAGAUGCCACCAAGUUCACCAGUAUCCCAGCGUCGUUCUGGUGGGCCACCAUCACCAUGACCACUGUGGGCUAUGGUGACAUUUACCCGAAAACAUUAUUAGGGAAAAUCGUGGGAGGCCUCUGCUGCAUUGCCGGGGUCCUGGUUAUCGCCCUUCCCAUCCCAAUCAUCGUGAAUAAUUUCUCUGAGUUUUACAAGGAGCAGAAACGCCAGGAGAAGGCAAUCAAAAGGAGAGAGGCCCUUGAGCGGGCCAAGAGGAACGGAAGCAUUGUUUCUAUGAACUUAAAAGAUGCCUUUGCCCGAAGCAUGGAACUGAUAGACGUGGCCGUGGAGAAGGCAGGAGAGUCAGCCAGUACCAAGGACUCGGCUGACGAUAAUCACCUGUCCCCGAGCCGGUGGAAGUGGGCCAGGAAAGCUCUGUCGGAAACAAGCUCCAACAAAUCUUUCGAGAAUAAGUACCAGGAGGUUAGCCAAAAAGACUCCCACGAGCAGCUGAACAACACUUCUUCCAGCCCGCAGCACCUGAGCGCGCAGAAACUGGAGAUGCUGUACAACGAGAUCACCAAGACACAGCCUCACGCUCAGCCGAACCCGGCCUGCCAGGAGCAGCCGGAGAGGCCGUCAGUGUACGAGGAGGAGAUAGAAAUGGAAGAAGUGGUCUGCCCGCAGGAGCAGUUGGCUGUGGCGCAGACCGAGGGCAUCGUGGACAUGAAAAGCACGUCCAGCAUAGACAGCUUCACCAGCUGCGCCACCGACUUCACGGAGACCGAGCGGUCGCCCCUGCCGCCGCUGUCCGCCUCCCACUUGCAGAUGAAGUUCCCACCUGACCUCACGGCGACCGAAGAGCGCCAAAGAGCCAGGGGGCCCCCGUUUCUAACACAAAGCAGAGAGAAGGGGCCGGGGGCCGGGGAUGCCAUCCUGGAAUACACUCCGGUCGACGUAACUGUGAGCCUCGAUAACAGCGCUUGCCAAAGUGGGCUCCACGGCCCUUUGCCGUCGGACGGUACCUCCGAGAGCCCUAAGAGUUCGCUGAAAGGCAGCAACCCCCUAAAAUCCAGAUCGCUCAAAGUGAACUUUAAGGAAAACAGAGGCAGUGCCCCACAGACCCCGCCCAGCACAGCCAGGCCACUGCCAGUCACGACAGCGGACUUUUCACUCACCGCCCCGCAGCUCAUCAGCACCAUCCUCCUCGAGGAAACCCCCUCCCAGGGGGACAGAGCUUUGCUGGGCACCGAGCUUUCCGCACACUGUCAGGGACCUUCCAAAGGGCUGACCCCUCGGUUUCCCAAGCAGAAACUCUUUCCUUUCUCGACAAGAGAGAGGAGGAGCUUCACGGAAAUAGACACUGGCGACGACGAUGACUUCUUAGAGCUGCAGGGGCCCAGGCAGGACAAGCAGGCCGACGCCAGCCCAAACUGCUUUGCAGAUAAGCCUAGUGAUGGAAGAGACCCUUUGAGAGAGGAGGCCUGUGUGGGCUCUUCCUCCCCCCAGGACCCAAGUCACAACUGUAGGCAAGACAUUUACCAUGCUGUGGCGGAAGUAAAAAAGGACAAUAGUCAAGAAGGGUGCAAGAUGGAAAACCAUUUGUUUGCCCCAGAAAUUCAUUCCAACCCAGGAGACACAGGUUAUUGUCCCACACGUGAAACCAGCAUGUGA